AUGCCCGCACCAAAUCGCAUUCUGGCGAAGCCGACCACAUCACCUCCUCACAAUCCCCAGGUCGAGAUAAAGAAUGGCACUCUUCGCGGGCUGUAUCUGCCCGCCUUUCACGAGGACCUUUUCCUUGGCGUGCCUUUUGCUUCUCCGCCAAUUGGCGACCUUCGCCUUCGCCAUCCCGCUCCCUACGAUGAGCACUGGCAACAAGUACGCGAUGCUACGCGCAGAAGCCCUUCCUGCCCCGGAUAUGCAGGCUUCGAUGUUGGUCUCGUGCUGGGGGAAGAUUGCUUGACGGUUGAUAUUGUACGACCCGCUGGCACUUCGCAUAAAGACAGGCUGCCCGUCUUGGUCUGGAUCUAUGGCGGUGGUUUUGAUGCUGGUGGGAGUGCGGACCCUAGGUAUAACACAUCGUACCUUGUCAAUGCUUCCGUCGCGAUCCACAAGCCUAUCAUUGUAGUGAGCAUCAACUACCGCGUAGGAGGGUGGGGCUUCCUGGGCUCGAAAGAAAUGGCAGCAGCUGGUGCACUGAACAUCGGUCUAUUUGACCAGCGACUCGCUCUACAGUGGAUUCAAGAAAACAUUGCGGCGUUUGGGGGAAACCGAGAGAAGGUGACUAUUUCCGGGGAGAGCGCGGGAGCCUUCAGCGUCGGAUAUCACUUGACUGCCUUUGAUGGGAAGCAUAAUGGCCUCUUCCGAGCCGCAAUUCUGCAGAGCGGGACUGCUCUAGGUCCAGGAAUCAACUCGAUCGCUCAGUUAAACACUACGUACCAGCCCGUCUAUGAUAACGUUACAGAGACGGUAGGAUGCGGUAACGCAAGCGACACUCUGGGUUGUCUGCGUACAGUCCCAUACUCGAAGCUUUUUGCCGCGUUCGAACCAUUCGUCAUGACGCCUAUUCUUGACGGAGAAUUCCUCACCAGGCUCCCGUCCGCAUCAUUCUCUGCCGGGCUGGUUGCUAACGUUGCAGUGCUCGCUGGCUCGAAUACGGACGAGGGGACCGCGACAUUCUUCGGGCCGCGAAAUAGUCUCAAUACAGAUGCCGACGUCCAUGCUCUUCUGGCAGGGAUGGGUAAUGGUCUGGAUAACGCCACCGUUAGUGAGGCCAUGGCUUUGUAUCCUGAUGAUCCGGCGCUAGGUUGCCCAUUCGGAACCGGCAGCGAGCGGUUUGCCCGGAACGGGUACAUGUACAAGCGCGGCGCAGCUGUCAUCGGCGACGAAGUCAUCCACGCCGGUCGGAGGCGCACCACGCAGUACUACUCCAGCACCUCUCCAUCGUGUCGCAAACCCGUCUACAGUUACCGCUUUGACCAACCGCCCUGGAACGGCAUCGAAGAGCUGGUUGCCACCGAAGCACCAGUGUAUUCUACCCAUUAUGCCGAGAUCUGCUUCGUGUUCAACAUCAGUCCUAGCAUUAGUGCCAAUAAUACAAACUGGAUCGGCCCCUACCAAAGCUACCACGAUCUUUCCACUUUAAUCUCCCGCUCCUGGAUCUCCUUCGUCCAUGACCUGGACCCCAACAACCAUGGAGUCCCGCACGCGCCUCUCUGGCCCGAGUACAGCAAAAGCCACAAAAACAUCGUGUUUGCCGUUGGGAACACGAUGGUAGAGCCAGAUACGUGGCGAACCGAGCAAUUGGAAUUCUGGAUGAGGAAUUUUGCGCGUUUGAAGACUUAACCGUUGCUCUCUUCAUAAGAGGUUCGGUCGAUGCACAAUACGCGCUUGAGAUCAAUUGCUCAAUGGCACUGUAUCCCAAAUGACUUAUCCGAGAAUACUCUAUCGCCU